AUGGGACGAGGGAAGAUCGAGGUGAAGAGAAUCGAGAACAAUACGAGCAGGCAAGUGACGUUUUCGAAGAGGCGAACGGGGCUUCUAAAGAAGACCCAUGAGCUGUCUGUGCUGUGUGAUGCCCAGAUUGGCCUCAUCGUCUUUUCUAGCAAAGGGAAACUCUUUGAGUACACAACUCACCCUCUCAGCAUGGCCCAAAUCAUCGACAGAUAUUUGAAAGCAACUGGUUCUCGAAUUCCCGAGCACAAUAACCGGGAACAAAUGCAUAGUGAGUUGACAAGGAUGAAGAAGGAGACAUUAAACCUUCAACUGAGUCUCCAGCGCUACAAAGGCGAUGACCUCAGCUCUGCACAGCUUGAGGAGCUUAAUCAACUCGAGCAACAGUUAGAAUUCUCUGUUCAAAAGGUCCGAGCUAGAAAGUUUCAACUCUUGCAACAGCAGGUGGACAAUCUUCAACGAACGGAAAAAGUGUUGGAGAAGGAAAACGAAGAGAUGUAUCACUGGUUGAUGGGCAAACAACAAGAAGAGAUAAACCAGCAACAAGCAGCAGCCAUGACUGAGUUGAAGCUUGUUGGGCAAGAACAUCAAUUAUUUGAACAAUUUCCAUUCUAUGGGUCAGAAGAUCAGCCGAAUAGUGUUCUACAACUUGCUGUGAAUCUCCCUGAGCUUCAACUGCAUUCGUACCAGUAUCACCUCCAGCCCACUCAACCAAACCUUCAAGAAUCAACUAGUGCACACCAUAACAUCUACGUAUUUACAUCCGCAAUAUUACGGAUCCGGCAAAAAGACAAAGACAACUAUGUCUGCAAUUGCGAAAGCYAAAUCCACAAUUGCGACGGUGCAAUUUGA